AGGGCGGGGCCUAGCUCGCAUCAGGACCAGUCGGGCUGCACCUGCAUCCUUCGCUCAGAGCAUCCCCGGAGCAUCUGAGGAGGCGGCCGCGGCCGGCAACCGGGGGCCCGACCGUCGCAGGAGGCGUCCGCCAGACACCUUCCCCCUCCCCUGAGCUAGCGCUCUACAGCGGCGGCCUCGGUGCUGGCCGGGCGCCCCCGGACUUGCCCGACCCCUGAGGAAGCAUUUGCAGCAAGAGCCUCUGGCGACGACAUGGCUGAGAUCACCAACAUCCGACCGAGCUUCGAUGUGUCCCCAGUGGUGGCUGGCCUCGUCGGGGCGUCCGUGCUGGUGGUGUGCGUCUCGGUGACCGUCUUUGUGUGGACAUGCUGCCACCAGCGGGCGGAGAAGAAGCACAAGACUCCCCCGUAUAAGUUCAUCCACAUGCUCAAAGGCAUCAGCAUCUACCCAGAGACGCUCAGCAACAAGAAGAAAAUCAUCAAAGUGCGGAGAGACGAAGACGGCCCUGGGCGGGGAGGCGGGCGCGGGAGUGUGCUGGUGGACGCCGCCGAGGCCGGCCUGCUGGGCCCUGACCGGGGUCCCAAGGGCCCGGGCUCUGGUUCUUGUAUGGACCAGUUACCCAUCAAGGUGGACCAUGGGGAAGAACUAAGGAGCCCCGUUGCGAGCCUGACCCCCGGGGAGAGCAAAACCACGUCUCCAUCAUCUCCAGAGGAGGACGUCAUGCUGGGGACCCUCACCUUCUCCGUGGACUAUAACUUUCCGAAAAAAGCCCUGGUGGUGACGAUCCAGGAGGCCCACGGGCUGCCAGUGAUGGACGAGCAGACCCAGGGCUCUGACCCUUACAUCAAAAUGACCAUCCUCCCUGACAAGCGUCAUCGGGUGAAGACCAGAGUGCUGCGGAAGACGCUGGACCCCGUGUUCGACGAGACCUUCACCUUCUACGGCAUCCCGUACAGCCAGCUGCAGGACCUGGUGCUACACUUCCUCGUACUCAGCUUCGACCGCUUCUCCCGGGACGACGUCAUCGGGGAAGUCAUGGUGCCGCUGGCUGGCGUGGACCCCAGCACGGGCAAGGCACAGCUGACCAGGGACAUCACCAAAAGGAACAUCCAGAAGUGCAUUAGCAGAGGGGAGCUCCAGGUGUCUCUGUCCUACCAGCCCGUGGCACAGAGACUGACCGUGGUGGUCCUCAAAGCCCGACACCUGCCGAAAAUGGACAUCACCGGCCUCUCAGAUCCUUAUGUCAAGGUGAACGUCUACUACGGCAGAAAGCGCAUCGCCAAGAAGAAAACCCACGUGAAGAAGUGCACUUUGAACCCCGUCUUCAACGAGUCCUUCGUCUACGACAUCCCCCCCGACCUGCUGCCUGACGUCAGCAUCGAGUUCCUGGUCAUCGACUUCGACCGCACCACCAAGAACGAGGCGGUGGGAAGGCUGAUCCUGGGGGCCCACAGCGUCACCAGCAGCGGCGCCGAGCACUGGAGGGAGGUGUGCGAGAAACCCCGCAAGCCGGUGGCCAAGUGGCACAGUCUGAGCGAGUACUAGUCGUAUCGUCCUCGCCCGGGCCCGGGCCAGGCAGGCCGACGGGGACGGAGAUGCCACACAGGAGCGGACUCAGAACCUCGGUUUAGUUGUAGAAGAUUUCUUACACAACACACCCCACAAAGAACACCCCACAUGACCACAGCUGCAGAUCAGUUCUUAGCGAUGAUGAUUUUUCUCCUUUGCAAGGCACUAGAAAUCCUUUUUUUUUUUUUUUUUUUAAUGGGGAGAAAGAGAGGGAAAGGCCUCACAAGUCUAUAUAUAACAAUGUAACCUUAUACUUGCAUGUCUAAUACAAACUGAAGAAAUUAGCCUAACUGCCAAUAUCAAGUUACAGAUUUUGAUCCAUGAAAAUUGUGUUUUGUGCCGAAUUGUAUUUGCUGAUUCCCUGAAAUUGGCCUCUUUUAUUGGGCUUCCCUGGAGAGUGACUCCCGCCCCCAGCUCUGCAGAAGGAUGUUGUUUUGCUCACGUAAAAUCUUGUAGCGUCGCCAUCCCCGUCGGAUGCCCCCCGCCCCCCGCCCCAGCUCUGCUCUUUGAGCUCAGGGUCCAGAGGUCUGUUGUGCGCCAGGAAACGGAGGUGGACCGGAGGAGGCCGGGUGUGCAGGGGGGAUCUGGGGCACAGGCUUCUCGCUGCCCCGCUCCUGCUGGAGGGCUCAGGGGCAGCCCAGGGUUAACUGGCGCUGGAGCCCGUGCGAUGGCAGGCUUGGAGGUAGAGCCUGGGUCUCUGAAACAGGACGUUUGUCUGGAGGGAGCUUCGGAGCCUUCUGGUCGGGCCAGGGUGGCUCCGGGGGCCGGGGGUGGCCGACCCCAGGUGCUGUGUGUGGGUGCGGGCAAGACGGCGUGUCGGCCCCCGCCUGACAGCAACAUGGCCAAGGGACAGCCUUUUGCUGGCGUGAAGGGUGAACUGGCCUUUAUUGUUCCAGAAGUGCUGACCCAGGAGACGCUUUAGAGUUUUGUCAGGGAGCGGAGAUGAGAUGGGUUCGGCUUCCUCGGGAAAAGGGCUUCAGAAGUUGCCGCUCUUGCGGAAGUUGUCACCUGUGGCUCUUCAGACUGGAGAAGGGAGUAAGCGCGAGCGCAGGGGCGGCCAAGGUGACCCGACUUCGUCUCUCCCGGCCUGUCCCUCGGAGCAGGUGCUUAACGGAGCCCUGGGUCCUACCCCGCGUCGAGACCAGGGGAAGGGCUGGGGGGAGCACGCGGCUCUCUCCCCGCCCGCCGGUGGCGAGGGCACUGGGGUCUCCGCACCCCUGGUUGGCCCCCACUCUCCCGUCGAGACCCAUCGGAGGGCAGAGCCCAGGGGCGGGGGGACAGUCCGCCAGCGUGUCCAGGCAGCAGAUCCCGCGGGCGGCCUGCACAGCAGCCACUGGAGCCGAGGCCUGGCCAAGCUGGUCCACACCCGGGCCAGAGCACCCCUUCCGACCUGCUUCUGAGGAGGCCGGGUGUCUGCGGACAGAGUGAUGGGGCCUGUGACAUUCUCUUAGCGCUUGUGCAUUUAGGACCAGUCUGCUCCCUCCGUCCUUCUGUUGUUC